GUCGGUUGUCGCGCGUUACUGACGUCACAUUGCGGAAACGUGUGUCGCACAUGAGGAUAAAAACACGAACUGUUCACGAGCAGGAAACAUGGGGAAGAAUAAACUAAAAGGGUCGAAACAGAAGAACGUCUUUCGAGUGGUGAAGAAACAGCCGAAGAACAAGAACAAAACCAAACCCAUCACCACGACACUCAAACACAUCAAUGCGGUGAAAAAUGAGAAGGUGGCGAACCUUGAUCAGAUGUUCACAGAAGUCCAGAGGGACGUUCAGAGUGUUUCCAAGUCUGUCGCUCCCAAACCGAAGAAACAAACACAGGUCGUCAGGGAGCCGCCCAAGGAAUCUGUGAAUGUGGACAAUGCUGCUCAGCUUUUCUCUCAGCUGUAACGCACCCGGAGAGAAAAGGACUGUGAUGAAUUACAUUCAUGAAAGGGCUGAACCGCUUCUCUUUGCUCAUUUUCCAGUUUUUGAAGCCAGGUCUCAGAGGAGCCGCUGGUUUACUUCCAGUGAAAUUGGACUUUUCAGGCCCGAGACACAGACUCUGCAGAUGAGUCUGAAAAGAGAGGAGGUGCGGUUAGAGCGCAUUGCUAAAAACACCUCUUUAAUUGAAUCAUCCUAUGUUUCCUGAGCAAAGAAAUCACUUAACGAGUUUGAGCAUCAUCAUUAGUGAUACUGUGUCGGAAAUAUUGGAUUUUCUUAGAGAUAUCUUCUUUAUUACUGCUGCAGUUAAUCAUCAUUUUCUUGAUUGAUUUAUGACUUGUUUUGUUUUUAAAUGAUCAGAAAAUAAUGAAAUAACUGCUCAUAAUAAAAUCCCAGAGCCCGGA